AUCGAAUACAGUUUCCACAAUAUCAUGUCAGAGACAUUCUACUGCCAGCGAUGCAACAAUCGUCUUCGUCUCCACGAGUCUCUUUUAUCUCUCAACACUGUUCAAGUGAAUCUUCUCCGAGACAAAGGAAACCCCCAAUUGAACCACUACACGCGACACUCCCAAGUUCUUGACGACGCAGACGACUUGGACCCUACACAAUUCAUCUCUAGUGAAAAGUUACAGUUCUACAAUAAGCUCAGUCCAAACAAGACGGUUCCGGUGAUCGAACGGAACGAAUCAGCUUCUCACGAUAAGCUCACAUCGGUGUCGACAUCGCUUACACUGAACUCGUUUGUGAUGUUGAGUGAGAACAGUGAUAACGAACACAAUGAAGAUGAUGAGUUGAGUUCCAAUCACCACGAAGAGGAUCACGCCGACGGUCCCAUUUCUUCACGCCUUCGGCUUCUCGCCAAAGUGUUUGAGCUCCUUUCGACCAGCACCGAGGUGGACCACCCUCUUUGUCAAGAGUGCCUGGCACUAGUGAUUGAGAACUACAAGCACAAGUUUGAUCAGAACCAAAAGGAGAAGGAGUAUUAUCUAAGUUUUCUCAAGAAACUAAGGGACCAGGGCGAGCUCGUUGAAGGUGCUGAUAUAGACCCAAAGCUCGCACAAGCCAUUGAAGAGUAUAGUAAACUUGAGGCACAGGAAUCAACGAAGAUAGCCGAACUACAGCAACUUGAGCACACCAAGACCAAGCUCGACGAGCAGCUCCGUCAGCUACAAAAAGAGUUCGAUGCUCUUCAAUCCGGCGAAUUGAACGAAAUCUUGGCUACUCGCAACGGUCUUUCUCUCGAGUUGAAUGCCAGCACAGCAAGACUUGGUCAAGCAAAAGCCCAGUACCAACACCACCUCGAUCACUUGGACCGCUUGCGAAAGUUGAACAUAUAUAGUCAGUUCUUUGAUAUUUCCUGUGAUGCCAGUAACCAGUUUGGCACUAUCAAUGGGUUCCGUUUAGGAUACAGAGUCCCCUGGAGUGAAAUCAAUACUGCCUUGGGACAAGUCAUGUUAUUGAUGGUGUUUUUGGUUAAGCGGUUAAAACUCCAUUUACGUGGUUACAAGUUGGUCCCCAUGGGAAGCCAGAGUCAGAUCAUCAAAUUAGUGGAUGAAGAAGACCAGACUGUCCGCAAAUCCACCCUUAAUCUUUACUCCUCCAAUGAGUUUUCGCUAGGAAAGCUCUUCAACUUUAACAAGUUUGACGUACUGAUGAUAGCUCUCUUGGAGGUUUUGGAGCAGAUACACCAGACACUCAAGAAACUCGAUCCAGAACUCGAAUUACCAUACCUGAUAUCUCACAGAAGAGAUACAAUUGGUGGGAAGAGUAUCCGGGUUACCUCCAACAGCGAAUGGACAGAUGGUUGCAAGUUCAUGCUCACCAAUCUAAGUUGGAUACUUCGGUAUACAUCGGCCCAUACGUCUCAAUGAAGCACAUAGAAAUGAAUAACGACUCCCUUAAA